UGAGCAUAAUUUGUGGUCUUUCUCUUUGUUUUUUCUUCCCUUAGACAGUAAGAAAUGGGUGACUGGAGUUUCUUGGGGAACAUUUUAGAGCAGGUGAAUGAGCAAUCCACUGUCAUCGGGAGAGUUUGGCUCACAGUGCUCUUCAUUUUCCGCAUCCUGAUCCUGGGCACAGCUGCCGAGCUCGUGUGGGGAGAUGAGCAGUCAGACUUUGUGUGCAACACCCAGCAACCUGGUUGUGAGAACGUCUGCUACGAUGAGGCCUUCCCCAUCUCCCACAUCCGGCUCUGGGUCCUGCAGAUCAUUUUUGUAUCCACCCCUUCACUAAUGUACUUCGGGCAUGCUGUGCACCACGUCCGCAUGGAGGAGAAGAGGAAAGAGAGGGAGGAAGCUGAGAGGCGCCAGCAAGCUGAGGUGGAUGAAGAGAAGCUGCCCCUGGCUCCAAACCAAAACAAAGGCAAUAACCCUGAUGGAACCAAGAAGUUUCGCCUGGAAGGCACUCUCCUGAGAACGUACAUCUUACACAUCAUUUUCAAAACCCUCUUUGAGGUGGGAUUCAUAGUAGGUCAGUACUUCCUGUAUGGCUUCCGAAUUCUCCCCCUUUACCGCUGUGGGCGGUGGCCCUGUCCCAAUCUUGUGGACUGUUUUGUCUCCAGGCCCACAGAGAAGACCAUCUUCAUUAUGUUCAUGCUGGUGGUGGCUGCCGUAUCCCUCUUCCUCAACCUGGUGGAGAUCAGUCAUUUGAUCUUGAAAAGAAUCCGGAGGGCUCUGAGGAGACCAGCAGAGGAGCAGCUUGGAGAGGUCCCAGAGAAGCCCCUCCACGCCAUCACAGUCCCCUCCAUCCCAAAGGCCAAAGGCUACAAGCUGCUGGAAGAAGAGAAGCCGGUGUCCCACUAUUUCCCUCUCACGGAAGUUGGGGUUGAGCCCAGCCCCCUUCCAUCAGCCUACAAUGAGUUUGAGGAGAAGAUUGGGAUGGGACCUUUGGAAGAUCUCUCCAGGGCAUUCGAUGAGAGGUUACCAUCGUAUGCACAAGCAAAGGAACCAGAAGAGAAGGUACGAGCAGAGGGGGAGGAGGAACAAGAGGAGCAGCCUCAGGAAGAGCCAGGGGUGAAGAAAGCAGAAGAGGAGGUGGUGAGAGAUGAAGUGGAAGGGCCUUCAGCACCUGCUGAACUUGCCACUGAUAUGAGACCCCUGAGCAGGCUAAGUAAAGCCAGCAGCCGGGCCAGGUCAGAUGAUUUGACUGUAUGAAGGUGCAGGAUGAGGGGAGCACAUGAAAAGGAAAAGGUUGAAGAGAAAAGGAGAGAUAGAGAAAGAAUCAAAAGAUAUUUUUAAGCAAAGUGCUAAAAUGGCCACUUGAAUAUUAUUUCCUUUUAUGAUUCUCAACUGGAAAGGUACUACCAUGGUAACUGUGCCUUAUUUGCCCCAUAUGUCCCUGUAUUUCCCUGUUCCCACAUGCCAGCUCACUACUUACAGUAAUAUCUACACAUAACUGAUGUAUUCUAAAACCUAACAUGGCAGUGAUACCCAAAUGUCGCCACUAUGAUCAUAUUUACUGAAAGCCUUGUGUUCCACAUUUCUCUAGGAAUGUGGGGAGGAUCUGUCUUUCAGCCAGUGAGAGGAAAGACUGAUCAACAACUGUAUCUAGUCUUUCUGUUUCCUCCUAUGGCUCACUGAGCAGAUCUCCCCUUUGCUGUUGGCAUGGAAUUGCAGUUAUUUAAUUCACAAAGUGAAUUCUAUGCUUAGCAUCAACACACUAAAAUACUAAGCCAAACUUCCCUUCUUUAUUCAGAAAAUAAAGGCAAAAAUGUUCCAAAUUUCUCUGUGAAUGCAUAUCUGAGUUUAGGCAAAAAUAUUUUCCCCAGUCAAAAAUAUUUCUGCUCUUCAAGUGACAUUGACAGUGGGCAAGGUUAACAGUAGCUCUCCACUAGGACUUAGCAGAUGCCCAGAGGUGGAUUAUUUUUUUUUCCCAGGAGGGUCAUCCAGCCCUGAGACUAGUUUGGAAUACUGGAAAGAAUAAAUUCAAGUGAUAUUUUUUACUUGUAGCCUUGUAACUUAAAUCUGAAAUUAGAUUUAGCCAAGCAAGAGGGAAAAAUCUUCUGAGAAAGGAGGGGCCAGCUACAACCCCUAGAGCAUGAAACCAAAUACAAGCCUUCAUGGUAUGAUCCUGACAAGUGCUCAGUUCCUGGAGCUUCCAGGCUCCCAGGCACUCAGCAAAUCUCAGGUACAGAGUCCUGAAGGCACCUGUGAACCUAAACCAGGGGUCUGGGUAACUAUGUGACUUUUUAAACCUCUAAACACAAAACUGGUUGGUCAGGUUUGAAAAGACUGAUACGGUAAAAGUCUUUGACAGCCUUUGUUUUUAAUUUGACCGAUGGGAGACAUUCAGUGGGCUACUUCUCCAUUAAAUGCCAGUCUCACUCAAGUAAGACAAUACCUUUCCAAAGAUGAUUUAGACCUUUUGUGCCAACAGGUCUGUACAGAACUCUCAGAGACUCAGAAAAGUCUUUUUUUACAGAAGGCAGAAAACGAUGUGCUUGCAAAUGUUUAGACGUCUAAUAUAGAUUUCUAAUUUUAGGACUGCAGCAGCAGCUCUUGGCUGGGACAGUGCAGCAAUGCGUUCAAAAGCUUCAGGUUAACAGCUAUGUCCCCCCAAAACUGAGCCUCAUGCCAAAAAAGUGCAGGUAUGCACUCUGCUCUGCUCUGCACUGCAAACCUCAGACCCUGCCAUCUCAGCAAAUUCUUUCUGCUGGGCUGCAGCCCAUCCCAUUGUUCCCAGGGCAGGCUCUAAUCCAGGUCAGGGAAAAAAAGGUCUUUGGCACAAUGCAUCCAACUCAUCCCGCCAUUAGCUAGAAAAGCCCCCCUGCGGCCUCCCAUUGUGGCAGGUCUGACUCAAAGCCCAGAGAAGGCAAACGGGUGUCUGCAGAGCCCUGUCCCAGGGUAGGACAGGGGUAGGCUUGGGUCCUGUCCCAGCCCCACUACAUCAGUCCUGUCACUCCUGAUCCCACCCCUGGCCACGCAGCCACGAAGGUGGCCGGACUUCACUGCCCAGUGAUGAUAAGCUGUACAUAUGUAGAAAGUUUGUAGGGUGCAUUGGGAUUCUUCAGCGCCACAGAGGUGCCACAUAUUGGGGGUUUUUUUGGUUGGUUGUUUUUUUUUUACACUAUUCAUCCUUUUGCUUCUCUUGGGCCUCUGUAUUUUCCCAAGAUUUUCAGCCUAAGGUCAAAACCUUUAUUUCUUAUUCAAAGGCUGUUGGGUGUCCUUCCUUGUGAAGGAAGACUGGAAGGUCCCUCCUCAGUUUUGGGAAGGAAUAUGACAAAGCAAUACAUGCAGAGAGAGAGCCUGGAGGCUACCAUUUAUCCGUUCCCUUAAUACAGAAACAGGAGAACUGUUAUCACAACUGAGGAAAGAGAAUGUUUUUUAGCAGGAAGAGUCCACUGUGCCCAGUUCAAGAUACUAGAACUAAAGAAAGAGCUAAGAUUUAGAUGAACAACACAAUCACCACACUUACACUAGAUGGGAUCUUUUUAAUUUCUCCAUAGAAAGUGGUAAGAGAGUUUGAAUGAUUCUAAGCCUCAACCAGCCCACUCGUUGAAGGGGGUUGGAAACACACUUUCCUGCAGGUAAAAACCACUACCUUGUAACAGUUUAGGAUGAGGUAUUUGCAUCAGAACCUCUGACCCUUCCAGAUAACGAAGUACUGGACUGCUUGAAUCACACCCACCCCUGCUGACUUCUAAUUACUUGACAAUUCCACUCCUGAUCUCUGACAUUCAUACAUUCAUUAGACUACAGGACUACUUAAAGAUGAGUGCUUGUUCAUCAGGAGUAUGUGGUUCACCACGUGGCUGUCAGGCAGGGCAGUCUCUAAUCACCACAUGUUAAUUAUGUCCUUUUCCACUGGAGAGCCUCAGUAAAAUGCACCACAUGCAGUGUACUCCACGGACACUGUAGUUCUCUCACAGCUGCCACAGGAAUGCUCCUUUCUUCCUGCGGGUCCCAAGGGCACAAGGAGAAGCUGGCAUUUUCCUCCUGCAUCCACUCAACUGCUUCUUGAUUUUUUAUUUUUUAAGCCAGUUUUCAAGUACUCUGUCUGGCUGGCAGUGAACCCGUAGCCACCAAGCACAGGCCACGGCAUCAGGACAGUGCUGCUCGACAAACGGGGCAGGGAACAGUCCGGUCGUCUGGCACUCAGCCUCACCUCUGCAAGGAAAUCGCUGUGGGACUGUCACCAAGUCAUUCUUCCUUCUUGUGCAAUUGGGAAUCAUUCUCUACCUUACAAUGAUGAUGUGAGGCCUGACGUGUUGUGCUAGUUGUGGAAAGGGAGGUCCUUGGGUGGAAGGCCCUACAGAUGAGCAAAGGAUUAUUGCUAUUUCUGGAUGUGAGAGCACAUAAAUGUGCUUUAUUCCCUCUCAGUGAGACAACUUAAUUGAUUACUCAAGGAAUUCCUAGUGAAGUUGCAUAACAGCCUUAGAGCUGUGGAUUCUACUCCAAAAAUAACUUAGCAAAACAUAGAGAUAUAUAUGAUGAAUGGGGAAUAUUAUUUCCUUGGGAAGGGGGAAAUCACUGGACAAUUAGAGCCAUGCCUGGAUCAUUUAAAGGUGUGUUUACCCCCUUGGCUCCCUGUGCAAAUAAAUUCCUAACUGAUCACAUGGCUCUCUGCAAGGAGCAUAAGAUACAAGUGUCAAAAUCACCAAAGGAGGUGAAAGUAGAAGAGCAAGGUAGUCUCUUAGCUUACAAUAGCAUGUGGAGUUGGUGUUCUCUAGUGUCUAGAGCAGUGGACCUAGGAUAAUAAUCUUAGAUUUAUUUCCAGCUCUGCUUCUGACUUGCUGUGAUAAUCGCUUUACCUCUCAGUGCCUGUUUUCUCCACCUGUAAAAUGGGUGUAAGGAUUUCCACCUACCUCACAGGGAUGUUGUGAGGCUUCCUUAAUUCUGUUUGUAAAGUAAGUAGGAAUGAUCUGAUGAAAAGCACUGCUGAAAUGCAUGGUAUCCUUGUUAUUUCUUGGCAGAACUGCUAACUUGGGUAAUAUAUGACUCCUCGACCAGAAGGGCAGUAAUUUGGAAUGUGAACACUGCACUGCACUGACAACAUUAACAUGGAUAUGGAUUUGCCAUGCGUAAAAAAGACUUUAUUGACUCCCUCACCCAUCUCUCCCACCUUAGCCAAGGCCAUGUAUGAAGCUGUGGUGACAGUGUGGUGACGUGGACCCCUCUUCUCCAUCCCCAGCAUCCUGGGGCACUCUGGGGCAGCAUUUGUGCUUAAAUAAGGCAGUUCCUGGAGCAUUUGGUUCAGGUUGGUGGAGCUCUGACAGUUUUGAGGUGCUUGCAAGGCAUGUGGGAGAGGGUUGCAUCAUACAGAAUAUUGCUGGGCUUCUGUUUUAAACCACUCAGAGCAACAGAGACCGACACCCACAAUCUCUCAGUGCUGAAACACAGUGAGGUGCAGAUGCCUCCUCCUGCAGGAGAGGAGAGAUUUGGGGCAUCUCUGCUCUCUAGGUCUGUGUGGGCAUUAAAUCUACUGGAGGGGGGAAGUCCCAUCUCUCCUGCUGCUCAGUAACUCACUGACUGUGCAGUUUUACAUUUAAAGAGCGGCUGUGCCACACAAUGCUGAAAAAAAAAGUGGCAGUUUGCUGUUUUGUAUAGAAAAUGGCUUUUCAGGCUGACAACCGAAAGUAAUCCUAGCCUAGGCUUAGUUUUGUUUAGUAAAGACAGGAACAUCCAUGAGUACUACACUAAAGCCUUCCUGUAAGCCCAAGGCAGCUGUGAUAAAACAGUAUAUGGUGCCAGAUUUCCUGAGGGCCAGGGCUGGAUAAAUGUACCAAAAUCAGGGGACUUGUCAAAGUACUGGAACAAUUUUUUCCCCCAACAGAAUGACACUGCCAUUCCUUGGGCUCUGUGUGUGCUGUACCUUUUAACACGGCUCAGGAAAGGCUUUUUGCCAACACCAAAUGUGCUUACACAGCUGAGCAGUAACCAUGGCAAGCGAGUAUGUGUCAGCUUGCCAAGACAUAGCCUGGCACACAAUCCUUUCCUUGCCACUAGCUUGGCACCAACCUAUUUCAGUAGAAGAGGCAAGACUUAUGUAUCUGUCAACAAUUCAAGCUUUCCUCUCAGCAGCCUGCUGUACAGAGAGAUGCAGGAGGUUUGUUCAGCCUGGAGAGGAGGGGCAUUGGGAGCCCUAAGCUUCAGGUUCCUAAGGGGGAGAAAUUCCAGGGAAGAUGGAGGAAGACUCUUGACAGAGGUGCACAGCAAAAGACCAGAGGCAACAAUCACAAUGAGCAGUAAAAGAACAUUUUGCAUUAAAAAAACUCUGACAAGGAAAAAAAUUGUUCAAAUGGAGAGUGUUCAGCACUAAAGCAGGUGCCCAGAGACAUGGCUGGAUCUUCAUCCUUGGGGGAUGAAGCUUGGCUGGAAAAAGCAUUGAGCAUCCUACUCUGACUCUGUAUUGAGCUGCAGGUUGGGCCAGGUGAUGCCUUCCAGCCUGAACUAUCUAUCCCAUGGGAUAUCCCAAAUUGAAAGCUCAGUGCAGCCACUGCGUGGUGGAAUGACACAUGUAGGGCACUUCUGCCUCCCAGAAUGUUCUGGUAGAGCUGGUUUAGGCUGCCCAAGGGCCACACCACCUCCCCAGGCACCAGCAGAGGCUGAGGCACACACAGAGUCAGCUGUUCAAGUGCUCCAGGCCAGGCUGGAUGGAGCUCUGAGCAGCCUGGUCUGAUGAAAAGCGUCCCUGCCCAUGGCAGGGGGUUGGAAUUGGAUGAUCUUCAAGGUGUCCCUUCCAACCUGAACUAUUCUAUGAUUCUGUGAUUCUAUGAACUGAUGUUUGGUAGCUACAAAAGCUGCUUGAGGCCAGAAUCGUGUUGUGUAACUGGUUUGGAAAAAGCAUUACAAAUAAAAAAAAAAAAAAAAAAAGAAAAGAAAAAAGAGAGUAUUCUUGUCAACAGAUAAAAUCAUUGAAAUAUAGCGCUUUAGGUCUUUUCCAUAUUUUAACUUCAGCAUCAAGUGUGCCUUUAAAUCCAUCUGAAAAUGCAGAGGAGUGCAUUUUAACAUUCUGUCAACAAAAACCUGUGUGUUUUAAAGCUUGCUGAUCUGGGAUGAAGCAGCACUGAAUAGAAAUGGUGAUUACAGAGCUACUGACAGAACAUUUUGAAAAAAAACAAAGACUGUUGGCCUUCGCCUUGCUAGAUCCAGCUUGGCACAGUGAAAGCAAAUCAGCCAUUUAUUGGCUUCCAAGGUGGAAAAGCUAUAUUAAAAAAAAUGCUCAGGUAAGUUUUUCAAUACACACAUGUUCACGAAUGAGUCAUAGCCAAUCCUGUAAAGGAAUCCAUGAAUUGCCAGUGAACAUCACCUGAACUCAUCAACCAUAAACUCAAAAGAAAUGCAGAAACCAGAACGAUGUGGGAAUACUUCCAGCUUCAGAGUUCUUGUUUAUGAAAACCUCUGGAGAGAAAAGAAAAUGGGUGGCUGGCUGCCAGCUGAGGCUAUUUGUCAUAAAUAUGCCCCGUAGCACCUUCUGGAGACCAGUGUGAUUUCUAAAUAUACUCCUGGCCAAACCCCAUGAUUUAAUUCAAUAUGCUGCACCUUCCUGUUUUACUUAAAAGGCUUGAUUUUGGUUCUCUCUAUAAACUGAACAUAAAAUAGCCUUAUUCGCUAUAAUAUGUGGAAGAAUAACUACAACUGAGAAGCUGCCUUUGUACCUGUGGAGGGCCAUGGAGCCUUCUCCCCACACAUGGACAUCAGCGACUAUCUAGGGAGGAACAGCACAAAAUAAAUUUCCCAUUUUCUUUUCACACCUUUUCCAUGAAGGAGAAGUCCUGGGGCUGAGAGGUGGGUGUGGGGCUGGGUCUUUCCUGUAGGAAUUAUCUUGUUCCCUUUGUGUUUCUCCCAAGGCCCAGGGAUCAGUAAUUUACAGCUAAGCAGAGGCAUGUUUCAAGGCUAUUUCCAAACACAUGCAAAGAAGAAAGUUUAAGACCUAUGACCAAACUCUCCCUUGUUUUUUACCCUUGUGUGGAAGUUGAGUUGCCAAGGCAUAAACAAGAGCAGAAUUUGGCUCUGUAUAACUUAUUUUUAAAGGAUUUCCUGUUAACCUCGGCCUCUAAAAGACAACCAACAGCUAACCUUGCCCCAUAACCUACCAACAUAGAACAGAACAACCACAAAUCCCUCCAAACUCAGGAAUCUCACCACUUUAGGAAAGAACAGUUUCUAAGCAGCAGAUACAGAAAGAAAGAGCAGGCAAGGCCUGAUCUCAGCUCUGCAUUAACUGGCACUGAUACCAGAAGCUGUGAAAUAAAAGGUCUCAGAUCAGAUACAAUCACCUGCUCCCUCAGUUAAUUUCUCCAUGAAAGCUGAAUGUCCUCUUCUCUUUGGAAUGCUGCAGACAAGGAGACAAAUUUAAAACCAAGAAAUCUGAGAGCAAGACAGAAUGCCAAUCAAUCAGAGACUGUGGGACUAAUCUGGUGACUCGGCACAACCAAACAUAGAUUUGUUUUCCUAGUGAAAUUAGUUGUAAUGAAUAAAGUUUGCUGAUUUUCAGUCA